CUUUCGCCCAUUAAAACACCCAAUGGACGUGCGGGACUUCGUUCGCCUCAAAAAAGAUCGGCUGAAGACAUUGAGAGCUCGGCCCGUAAGAGAGCGGUUCGGUCUCUCUACUUCCAGCUUAUGGACGAAGGAGAAGAUAGCAAUGACGAUUCUGUGCUAGAUGACCAAGAUAAGCGGAUUGCCGAGUCAAUUAUUCGAGAAUCGCAUGGUGACGAGUUUAGGGCAUAUGGCUCAGAUGUGGAGCUUGAGGAAGACUUAACUGUGCGAUCGCCUAGUAUGGGUCGUGGCAAAAGAAGAGCAGCUACUAGAAAGAAAUAUACCGAGGAUCUGGAAGAGGAAGAUUUUGAAAUUUCUCGAGUAGAAGAAGCAUUUGACUCAUCUGGGGAUGAAGAAGAAGAAAAUGAUGAUGAUUUAUCCGAAGAUUCAGACAAAGAAUUCGUAUCUCUACCUCGUAAAGCACCUUCUACUUCUGAUGGUGCAUUUGAGUCUCCAGCGAAUGAUACGCAACAAAGAAAGAAAGUAGGUAGACCCAGAAAGUCAGAUGGAGUUGUAGGAAAAGUAAAGAGUAUAUUCCAUCAGGAUGACGAGCUUCUUUUCAACGAAAACCGCAGUGUUGGUAACAGAAACGUAAGCACUAAACGUACCAGCAGCACCAGUGACUCAUCUAUGGCUUCUGAUCUUUUGAACCGAACUACAGAAACAAGUACAACGCCUGUUAUCUCUGGUAUCAGAGAUGUAGUGGAAACUGAAGUGGACAAUCAGGUUAUUUUUGAGCCUAUGCCACUUCCAAAAGUAGAUGGAGAUGGUAACAUUGUAGAUACCGAUUAUUUGAAGAAAUACUUUUCCAAGCUGGACAUCAGUGACGUUCUCAAGGGCCGUUUUCUUGACGACAACUCUUUCUUUCUUGAAGGAUCAGAAGGGUACUUUGAACAGCAUAACGGUAGAGCCAGAAUUGGGGGGUCUUCGCUAGCCCUGUUGGCACCUCUGGUUGAUUAUUCUGAAUAUAUCCGUUUCAUCAAAGUACUCGACCGGAUUUGUGGACAUGAAAAGUCUAGAUUGGCCGAUUUGCACAAAUUCUUGUACCAUCAGUGGUGUUUUGAGUUAUCAGAAGGGUAUAACUUGAACUUCUUUGGUGUUGGCUCGAAGUUGCUGAUACUCAAGGACUUCGCUCUGAACUACUUUCCUAGUUGGUUCGAAGAAGUGUAUCUCGGUAAGAAACUUCCUCAGAUUAUGGUAGUGAAUGGAUACAACCCUUCGUUGAAGUUCAAGAAAAUUCUUCAGGACAUCUUGUCAGUUUUUAUACCUAAGACAACCAGAGAGAAUAUCAAGUUUCCCAAGCAUGUUUCGGAAACGGUACCGUUUUUGAUUCAAUACGUAGAGAACCAAAGAAAGUCAAGCAGCAGUACUAGUGGGACACCGAGCCUCUUGUUACUCAUCAACAAUAUCGAUGGAGAGUGUUUCCGAAAUGAGAAAAUCCAAAGUUACUUGUCUGUGAUAGCGUCAUUGCCAGAAGUGUGGCUCGUGGCUUCUAUGGACAACAUCAAUGCUCCGUUGUUGUGGGAUCUGUUCAAGCUCAAGAAGUUCAACUUCUUGUGGCACGACUUGACGACGUAUUCUACAUAUUCUACCGAGUUGUCGUUCAAGGAUGUGUUGAACAUGGGCAAAUCGAAGAAGUUUGUAGGUAACGUCAGUGCCAAGUAUGUAUUGAGUUCAUUGACCGAUAACCACAAGAACUUGUAUAAGGUGUUGUUGAAAAUGCAACUCGAUGCUAUGGGCAAGUUGCCGCAGUCCUCGAUUAACACUUCGAAGGGAUCGUUGCGGCAUGGAGUUGAGUUCAAGGCACUUUAUGAAGCAUGUGUCGAGCAGUUCAUUUCGUCCAACGAGAUUACAUUCAGAACAAUGUUGAGUGAAUAUGUGGAACACAAAAUGUGCAAGCUUGUGACGGACGAUGCGGGAGUAGAGGUGGUGUUUAUCCAGUUCACGUAUGACGAGAUGAACAAGAUAUUGAAUGAAGAGUUUUAG